AUGAAGGAAAGGAGUGACUGUGUGGAUAUUUUUCUGAACAUACCCAUGUUGGAAAUUCCUUCGUCAAUCCACUCUCAGUUGGGAAAAGAGACGGAAGGGAGAGAUAGGCCAUACGAUACUUGCUACAACGACCGGCCGUUUACCUGGAUGGCGUGCAGUUCGAUAUUCAGUAUCCUAAAUGGAAAUAAGCGAGUGUUUGUUGACACCGCAAUAAGCAUGAAAAAAGAAAAUAUCAUGGUUAUAUGGGAUAUGAUCAUGUCUGAGAAGUGCACAAACGCCUUCUUAUUCCCAAAUAGGUUGCUCGAGAUCAUUGACAAUCUUGACGUUAUCCUUAAACAUGGCUACGUUUUGUACGCCAUUGGAUGUGAAGUCAAAGUUAUCGGAGGUAAUGGUGAAACACUGAAUCGUGGUCAGUUGGGUGAAAUCUGUGUGAAGUCACCAUGA